AUGGUGUUUACGAUUACUAGAGUAGUUGAAGAUGACGAAGAUAAUAAAGGUUCGACGUUCAAGCAGUAUGCCCUAGCGUUCAUUGUUAGUCUACUAUUCUUCAACCAUGGAGUUGAGAGCCAUAACCUUACAAUAUCAGUUCAUUCGGGACACUUUAAAACAAGUGAUGAUGUUCCCUGGACGACUAUAGCUUUGCUUCUUGGGGCAAUCUUCAGCUUGUCUUUACAUGGCUAUCUUAUAGAUAUAUGGGGCAGAAAGUUUGGUAUAUAUCUCGUAAUAUUAUUACAAGGGGCUUCCUGUAUACCAUUUCUUAUUACGCCAAACGAUAUAGGAACGAUAAUAGUUCAUGCUUUGACUGGAGUGUCUACAGCGGCCAUGUUUCUGUCAGUGCCAAUUUACAUUCGGGAAAUCAUUCCUACUAGAAGCCGAGGACUAAUGAUCUGUUUAAGUGCGGUCAUGACUUGCUGUGGCUACUUAGUGAAGCUGGUGAUGAGUACAGAUAAGAUGCUGUAUUUGAUAGCUGCCAUGGUACUGUUUGAGUUUUGUGCACUGAUCAUUGUUUUGGAAUCACCGAGUUAUUUGGUUAGAAAUGGGAAAAUUGAGAAAGCUAAAAUAAAUAUGGCAAAGCUGAAAUGUUUAUCGCCUGAAGAUUUACAUGUUACAAACAAAAUCAAGGUACUCACUGAAGAAAGCGAACGCGCCAAACCAAAUGGCAAAUUUUUAAUUUCAAGUCUUUACAGAAACAAAAUAUAUUGGGACGAAAUAAAAGUGGGUUUUAUGUUGAGUACAAUAACAGUUCUUGGUGGGAGCAUUUUAUUUCUGGACCAGGAUAAAACACUCGUACAAUUGAAAACUUCAGGGGAUACUGAAAAGGCUUUGGUGUUAGUAUGCAUGACCGCGGGCGCCCUCGUUUGUGUAACACUUAUUGAAAUAGUACAAAGAAAAUAUCUUCUGACUUUCGGUUAUUCAAUCAUGGUGCUAUCUAUGGGUACACUGGCAGUUUUCACGCAAGCUGAUCUGACUGUGACAUCUCUGAGAUGGCUGCCAGUAGCAGCUCAUUACGUGUUAAUUUUUGGAUAUGGUCUUACAUGGUGUUUACCAAUAGUAAUUCUAGUGGAAAUGCUUAAUUUGGAGAUUCGAGCAACAGUGUUAGCCAUAAUCUUUACAUACGCUGAAAUUUUAAGGCUCGUACACAUCCUCACAUUGAAGAAACUCGAGGAACUUUUUGGAGUGUACACACUGUUUUACAUUUUUGCGUGUAUUAAUUUAUAUGGAGCGAUCUAUGCUUUAUCAGUCUUACCAAAUAUAAACAAUAAAACAGUUAGACAAAUAGAAAGGCAAAUGAAAAGGAUACCAAUAUUAAAAUAA